UUAGAUAACCAAGGACAGUUGAAUGAAUAUCAAGAACGCAAAGAAAUGACAGCGAAUGUACACUGUUUGAGUAUUGGAGAAGUUCCAGAAGGGAGACAACGGUCAAGAUUUUUGGCCGUAGGCUGUGAUGACAAUGCCGUUAGGAUCCUUUCUCUUGAUCCUGACAAUACUUUAGAGGUUCUUAGUACACAGGGUCUAAGCGCACCUCCACAAUCUUUAUCCAUUAUUGAGAUGAUGGAUAUUGGCACUGAUGCUUCACAUGGAACGCUCUAUCUUAAUAUAGGAUUACAAAAUGGAGUAUUAUUGCGAACUGUAUUGGAUACGAUAACUGGUGCAUUGACCGAUACUAGACAAAGAUUUCUCGGUGCUCGACCAGUUAAACUUUUCCAAGUCAAAAUUCAGGGAUCUCCUGCAGUUUUAGCGCUGUCAAGUCGACCCUGGCUGAGUUAUACUUUUCAAUCCCGAUUACAUCUUACGCCACUUUCAUAUGAUAUGCUGGAAUAUGGAUCCAACUUCACUUCACCACAAGUUCCGGAAGGUAUUGUGGCAAUUUCUGCCAACACUUUGAGAAUAUUUGCUGUGGAAAAGCUAGGGACAGUAUUUAAUCAAGCAACAAUACAACUUAAAUAUACUCCACGUCACUUUAUCCUUCAUCCAAUUUCGAGAAAUUUUGUUAUAAUUGAGAGUGAACAUAAUACAUUUUCUCCAGCGGAGAAGGAAAAGGCAUUGGAAGCUAAAGUAAAAAAUGGAUUUGAAUAUGAUCCUAAAUUAUUGGAAUUACCUCCGGAAACGUUUGGUUUACCUAAGGCGGAGCAUGGAAAAUGGGCGUCAUGCAUUCGUGUUCUAAACCCAUUCCAAGGUGAAACAAUGUCAUUAGUCGAACUUGAAGAAAAUGAGGCAGCAUUUAGUAUUGCUACAGUAAACUUUCAUGGACAAAAUAAUGAAUUAUUCCUUGUUGUUGGUACCGCAAAGGAUGCAAAUUUGGCACCACGCACAUGUUCAGCAGGAUAUUUGCAUGUAUACCAAUUCAUAGAUGAAGGAAACUCUUUAAAACUUGUACAUAAGACACAAUGCGAUGAUAUCCCUUUAGCACUACUAGGAUUCCAAGGGAGACUUAUUGCUGGUGUUGGAAAAGCACUGAGAAUAUACGAUAUGGGUAAAAGAAAAUUGUUACGGAAGUGCGAGUCAAAGGCGAUUCCAAAUUGCAUUGUUAAUUUACAUACGCAAGGAAAUCGCAUUAUUGUCUGCGAUAUGCAAGAAUCAGUUCAUUAUGCAUCAUACAGGCCACACGAUAAUCGUAUCAUUAUUUUCGCUGAUGAUACUACACCGAGGUGGAUAACAACCACAACAAUGAUAGAUUAUGAUACACUUGCUGGUGGAGAUAAAUUUGGAGAUUUCUUUGUUGAUCGGCUACCAGCAGAAACAAGUGAAGAAGUAGAUGAAGAUCCUACUGGAAAUAAAAUAAUGUAUGAAAAAGGAUAUUUGAUGGGCGCUCCACAUAAGGUAUCUAUGAUUGUACAUUAUCAUGUAGGGGACAUUAUCACAUCCCUUCAUCGAACAACACUUGUUGCUGGCGGGCGUGAAAUUCUAACAUAUACUGGCGUAAUGGGUAGUAUUGGAGUAUUUGUUCCAUUUCUGACAAGGGAGGAUAUAGAAUUUUUCCAGACCCUUGAAAUGCACAUGAGAAACGAAGCAUCACCUUUAGCUGGACGUGAUCACCUUCAAUAUCGCAGUUUUUAUGCUCCUGUGAAAAGUAUGGUUGAUGGUGAUUUGUGUGAACAAUACAAUUUAUUACCAAUGGAUAAAAAGAAAAUGAUUGCUGAGGAGUUAGACCGUACUCCUGCUGAGAUUCAAAAGAAAAUUGAAGAUAUGAGAGUAAUGGCAGCAUUCUAA